AUGGCUGGAGAACACGGAAAUAACGACAGUUCUAGCGUUAACACCUUGCAAGCCGCCGUGGUAGAAAUACGGCGCUUACAGACACAGAUUGCGGCCAUCGAGGCCGAAAGGACACAUGAGAAAGAAAAAGCGAAAAUGAUUUCAGAAGAGGAGGAAGGAGAGAGCAUCAUGGAUGUACAGCCUUUAGCGCAGCACUUAUGGGAUACCCAAGUCAUGGAAGCAAUCAAGGUUCCUCACCUUCCUACCUUUGACGGAAAAACUGACCCUCGAGAGCAUCUGAUGGCAAUUGGAACACAAACCGCCAUAAUCAAUGCUCCGGAACACCUGAAAUGUAAACUACUAGCCGGCACCUUCAAGGAUCGGACACCUCCGGAGGUUUAUAGACGAUGCAGCUCAAGGCCGGGUCGUCGUGCCCAAAAUCCCAGACAAGAGCCACGGGAUCCCCUAGGGCCAAGUAGAGAGCCUCCAAAGGAAAGGAUCUCUGUGAAUACAAUAGCAGGAGGAUUCUCAGGAGGAGGUGAGUCAAGCUCAGCAAGGAAAAGAUAUGUACGCCGAGCCAUCUCGGAGAUAUACCUCGUGAGACAACCCCAACCACUCGACGUUCCGGAUUUGGCAUUUACUGCAAAGGAUGGACUGGAGGUAGCGCCUCAUGAUGAUGACCCCUUAGUAAUACAAGUCCAAAUUCUGAACUGCGAUGUAAAGAGAGUAUUGAUCGACUCAGGGAGUUCAGCGGACAUUAUGUACUGGGAAGCUUUCAAGGUCAUGCAAUUAGCAGAGGAGCAAUUGCAACCAUACACAGGAGCUCUGGUUGGUUUUUCCGGAGAACAAGUAGAUGUAAUGGGCUACGCCUCACUACUCACUACCUUUGGAGAGGGUAGUAAUGCCAAAACUAUCAAAGUGCGAUAUCUGGUAGUAAAAACUCCUUUCACCUCCUACAACAUUAUCAUAGGAAGACCUGCUUUUAACGCAUUGGGGGCGGCCAUGUCCACUCUGUACCUAGCAAUUAAAUACCCUCUCGAUAACGGAGGAGUAGGAACAGUUAGAGGCGAUCAGAUCCUCGCCAAAAAAUGUUACGAGUCCAGCUUAAAGAUACGGCAUCGAGCAUCCAAUACAAAUGGAGCAUCCGAAAGAAGACAAGCCACAGUUCCGGGUGGCAUAAACAUCAUAGAAAAUUCAGAUAUGGAUCCAAGGGAAGAAUUUCAAGAUAGAAGGGUGAGCCCUAUAGAAGACCUGGAGCAAGUUCAAAUCGGCGAUCACCCACACCAGACAACCAGUUUAGGAACGGCGUUGCCCAAUGAGGAGAGAAGAAGAAUCAUCAAAAUCUUGAAGGACAACGCUGAUCUAUUUGCAUGGAAACCCUCAGAUAUGCCAGGGAUAGAUGAAGGGGUGAUAACACAUAAACUAUCAAUAUCACCCAACACAAAACCAAUCUCCCAAAGAAAAAGAAAGGUUGGGGAGGAAAGGCGAGCUGCAAUAGCGGAAGAAGUGGAGAAACUAAAGGAGGCUGGAUUCAUUGAAGAAAUAAAAUACCCCUCGUGGUUGGCAAACGUCGUCAUGGUGAAAAAGGCCAACGGAAAGUGGAGGAUGUGCGUGGAUUUUACGGAUCUAAAUAAGGCAUGUCCCAAAGACCCAUAUCCUCUGCCCAACAUAGACAGGUUGAUUGAUGGCGCUUCAGGAUGCAAGAUGUUGAGUUUCAUGGACGCCUACUCAGGGUAUAAUCAAAUAAAGAUGAACCCCACAGAUGCCUGCCAUACAGCCUUUAUGUCGAAUACCUGCAAUUAUUUUUACAACGUUAUGCCUUUCGGGUUGAAGAACGCAGGAGCAACAUACCAAAGGUUGAUGGACAGGGUUUUCUCCGAGCAAAUAGGAAAGAACCUAGAGGUAUACAUUGACGACAUGGUAGUGAAAACUCCCGAAGGAAAUCGCCAUGACGAAGAUCUUUUGGACAUUCUGGGAUCAGUAAGAAAGUACAACAUGAGGCUAAACCCAGCAAAAUGUUCUUUCGGGGUGCAAGCAGGAAAAUUCCUAGGGUUUAUGCUCACUAACAGAGGAAUAGAGGCCAAUCCGGAAAAAUGUCAAGCCAUCAUAGACAUGAGAAGCCCUACAUCCGUGAAAGAGGUCCAAACACUGAUAGGCAGAAUAGCGGCGUUGUCCAGAUUCCUAUCAUGCGCAGGUGAAAAAGGUUUUCACUUCUUUGCAUCUCUUAGGAAAAGCGAAAGGUUCUCCUGGACGCCUGAAUGUGAAGAGGCUUUCAGGCAAUUGAAGGAAUUCUUAGCAUCUCCACCCAUCUUGACGCGCCCGUUACCAGGCAAUACCCUUUACCAUUAUCUUGCAGUGUCGGAUAGAGCCCUAAGUUCAGCUCUGGUUCAGGAAGUAGGGGGCGAAGAAAAGCCUAUAUACUUCGUAAGUAGAACCCUUAGAGGAGCGGAAACAAGAUAUCAGAGGAUAGAGAGGUUAUCUCUUGCGGUGGUUGUCACAGCUAGGAAAUUAAGACAGUACUUUCAAAGCCACAAGGUAGUUGUUAGAACAGAUUAUCCUAUCAAGAACGUCCUCAGAAAGCCAGACUUAGCAGGAAGGAUGGUAGCAUGGUCCGUUGAAUUGUCAGAGUUUGAUAUCACGUUCUCACCCAGAGGGGCCAUCAAGUCGCAAAGACUAGUGGAUUUUGUUUUAGAAAUGUCUACCCCGCCAACAACUGAGAAAACCUCACCUUGGACCCUCUCGGUAGACGGAGCCUCCAACGUACGGGGAAGUGGAGCCGGAGUAGUGUUGGAGGGUCCAGAUGGCAUUAUGAUAGAACAAUCAUUACGGUUCGCCUUCAAAGCUAGCAACAACCAAGCCGAGUACGAAGCUCUGAUAGCGGGAAUGAAGUUAGCAAAGGAUAUGGAAGUGAAGGAGUUGAAAGCCAUGAGUGAUUCCCAACUGGUAACCAACCAAGUGUCAGGAAAAUUUCAAACGAAAGAGCCACAGUUAAUCAAAUACGUGGAGGGAGUGCAAAAUUUAGCUAAACACUUUGACUUUUUCGAGUUAGUUUAUGUUCCUCGCGAACAAAACAUGAGAGCAGAUCUACUAUCAAAACUGGCGAGUACGAAAAAACCAGGAAGCCAUAGGACCGUUAUUCAAGAAACCAUCAAAACUCCCAGCAUUGGCGGAGAAGAUUUGAUGAUGGUUCGGCUUGCCUAA